AGGAGCUGACGGGAGCUGGGACCUCGGCAGCCAUCGCGCUUUGCAGUUCGAACUAGAAGGUUGUAGGGCGGACUCCAGGUGGGGGGAAUUGCGAUCUGCCCAUUCGCAGACCCAGUAAGAUUUCGAUAUGUCCUUCAUAUUUGACUGGAUUUACAGUGGUUUCAGCAGUGUGCUACAAUUUUUAGGAUUAUAUAAGAAAACUGGUAAAUUGGUAUUUCUUGGAUUGGAUAAUGCAGGAAAAACAACAUUGCUACACAUGCUAAAAGAUGACAGACUUGGACAACAUGUCCCAACGUUACAUCCCACUUCAGAAGAACUAACCAUUGCUGGCAUGACCUUUACAACUUUUGAUUUGGGUGGACAUGUGCAAGCUCGAAGAGUGUGGAAAAACUACCUUCCUGCUAUCAAUGGCAUUGUAUUUCUGGUGGAUUGUGCAGACCAUGAAAGGCUGUUAGAAUCAAAAGAAGAACUUGAUUCACUAAUGACAGAUGAAACCAUUGCUAAUGUGCCUAUACUGAUUCUUGGGAAUAAGAUUGACAGACCUGAAGCCAUCAGUGAAGAGAGGUUACGAGAGAUGUUUGGUUUAUAUGGUCAGACAACAGGAAAGGGCAAUGUAUCUCUGAAGGAACUGAAUGCCCGACCCUUAGAAGUUUUCAUGUGCAGCGUGCUCAAAAGGCAAGGUUACGGAGAAGGUUUCCGUUGGAUGGCACAGUACAUUGAUUAACAACCACUUACAUCGGUUCCAGGUCUCAUCAUUCAGGCCUACUCAGAGAUUUGAUCCACUCAACAUGCAUAACUUGAAUUCAAUAGACUUUUGUUGGUUAGAAAACAGAUUUUUUUAGAUUAUUAAUAUUAUAUCAACUUAAUUUGAGUGCAAAUUGAAAACUGAUUCAAGUUUGAGUAUCACAAUGUUAGCUUUCUAAUUCCAUAAAAUAGUUUAUACAGUUUAUAAUCUGACAUUAUCCCCAGUGCCAUUUAUAAAGAACAACUUUCCAGCAGUACAUUUGAAGCACUUUUUAACAACGUGAAGCUACGAAUACAAACCAUGUUUAAAAGCUCAUCAUGUUAAAUUUUUAUGUACUAUUUUGGAACUAGUUUUUAAAUUUUAGAUUAUAUGUCCACCUAUCUUAAGUGUACAGUUAAUAAUUAGGUUAUUGAUGAUUGCAUGAUGCCUUACAGUUUUCAAUAAUAUUUUUUCUUAUGCAAACGUCAUGCAAUAAAACAUAUCCUGAUGUUUGGCA